UGGGCGUUGGACUCUGCAUCUUAUUAGCAACAAGGGAGAUUUCUCCAUUUUCCAGGCUGUCUACAGCACACUGCCACAAAUCUGGGAUUUUUUUAUUACUUCUCUUAACUUGGCACGCUGUUUUGUGUCGGUUUGCCCCUUUUUUGCGUUGCUGCGGGACUUCGAUAUAUUUCUCGAGUAAACUUUUUUUUUCCUAAGAGGGGGAUCUUUCUGUUGCUCACUAGCGUAUAAGAAAGAGGCGAAGGUCUUUGUUCCCUGCCUUGGAUCGGUUUGUUUCUUUGUUGGACAGAAAGCAUGGGAGCGCAAUUCUCCAAGACCAAUGGAAAAGGCGAAACUGCCGCCGAAAAACCAGGAGAAGCUGUUGCUGCCUCGCCUACCAAAACCAAUGGACAGGAAAAUGGACACGUGAAGGUAAAUGGUGAUGCAUCACCAGCAGCGGCAGAAGCUGGCAAAGAGGAAGUGCAAGCAAAUGGAAGUGCUCCUGCCGAUGAAGGUCCAAAAGAGGAAGGGGAAAAAUCGGAAGUUGCUGCAGCAGACAAGGAGAGUACAGAAGGUGAUAAGGAGAACACUGAAGCCGCAUCCCCAACUGAGGAGAGCUCUCCUAAGACCGAGGAAGGGGCCACACCCUCUACCAGCAACGAAACUCCCAAAAAGAAAAAGAAGCGCUUCUCCUUCAAGAAAUCUUUUAAACUUAGUGGCUUCUCGUUCAAGAAGAAUAAAAAAGAUGCUGGAGAGGGAGCGGAGAAUGAAGGGGCAGCCAGUGCUUCAGCAGAGGAAGUGAAAGAUGAGGCUGCUGCAACAGCAGCACCUGAAUCCACUAGCACAGAAAAUGGUAAGCCGACUCAAGAGGCCACGCCCACUGCUUCCACAGAAGAAGCAAAAGAGGGGAGCUCCUCGCAAGAGGCCAAACCCGAGGAGGCAGCUGCUGAUAAGCCUGCUGUGGAGGAGGCGGCAGCUGCUGCCCCAACAGCUGAGGAAGUUAAACAGGGGGAGGAGAAGCCUGCCACAGAGGAGAAGACAUCAGUAGCUGAGGCAAAGCCUGCUGAGCAGGAGCCAGCAAAGGCAGAGGAACCAGCACCUGCUACACAAGAUGCUCCUUCUGAGUCAAGUCCAGAAGCCCCUGCUACUGCAGCUGCAGAGGCGGCAGAAUAAGGCAUGGAACACCUGGAGCACAUAAAGAUAAUCAAAGAACUUUUUCCCUGUUUGUUUGUUUGGAGUGGUGCCAGGUACUGGUUUUGGAGAACGUGUGUACAACCAGGGACAUCUUAAAGCAGUUUUGUUUUUUUUUUUUUUUGUUUUUUGUUUUUCUUUCAAUUUUUUCUUUAUUCCUGUUCCCGAAAAACUCCUCCUUUCAUUCUGUAUCCACCAUUCCAACAAGCGGUGGAAGUGAGGGGCUUGAGGGAUGAGCCCUGUUCUACCCCCCUUUUUUCCUUUUUUCUUUUUUUUUUUCAUCAGUAU